UUUCUUCCUAUAUAAACCCCGAAAGGCCAGCCCAUCAAAAAGCCAAAAAAGAUUCCUCAGCUCAGAGCUGGAGAAACAGCCAUGGAUGCAAAUGGGGUUGUUUCUUUUGCAGAGAAUUUGGUGUUCAAGUGGCAGAAGGAGGAAGCCUUCAACAAUGGCGGCUCUGCAGAUCGCAAUGGUUCAUUGGGUUUGAGCUCUGAUUUUGCACAAGAUGAAGAUCACACCAUUAAUGGUGAUAGUCUUGAUCAUCCCAGAAUUCCUGGUUGGUUUUCCGAGCACUGCCCACAAUGGCCAGGUCAAGCACACUUCUUAAAGGUAGACAAAGUUCUGUUUCAAGGAAAGUCUGAUUAUCAAUCCAUGUUGGUUUUUCAGUCAUCAGCAUAUGGAAAGGUAUUUGUGUUGGAUGGAGCACUCCAACUCACAGAGAAAGAUGAAUGUGCUUACCAAGAAAUGAUUACCCACCUUCCUCUUUGCUCUAUUCCAAACCCCAAAAAGGUUUUGGUGAUUGGGGGAGGAGAUGGUGGCAUCCUAAGGGAAAUUUCUAGGCAUUCUUCCAUUCAGCAAAUUGAUAUUUGUGAAAUUGACACCAUGCUUAUUGAUGUGUACAAGAAGUUUUUUCCAGAAAUUGCAGUUGGGUAUAAAGAUUCUAGAGUGAAUCUUCAUAUAACAGAUGGAGCUGCGUUUUUGAGUUGUGUUCCAGCAGGAACCUAUGACGCAAUCAUAGUGGAUGCAUUUGAUCCAAUAAAGCCAGAUGAUGAGAUUGUGAGAAGCAGGUUGUUUGAGAUGGUGGCCAAAGCACUUCGGGGUGGAGGAGUGCUUUGCAUUCAAGCAGAAAGCAUUUGGUUUCGUUCUCUUGACAUUGAAAAUUUGAUCUCAAAAUGCCACCAAGUCUUUAAAGGCUCAGUUCAAUACGCUUGGACCAUUGUUCCUGCUUAUCCCAGUGGGGUGAUUGGUUUUUUGCUUUGUUCAACACAAGGAGCUGAAGAAGUAGUGGACUUCAAGAAUCCAAUCAAUCCAAUUGACCCAAAUCAAAGUUUUGGAGUUGCAACAAAACCCUUGAAGUUUUACAACUCAGAGGUUCACUCAGCAGCAUUUUGCCUGCCAUCAUUUGCAAAGAAAGGGAAGGGGUAUUUGAGAAAGAGCUGAGAUUUGGUAGGAAAUUGGCAAAUUAAACUUAAAAAGUGGAAUUAGGAGAUCAGGGGAUAUGGAAACAAUAUUAUUUGGAUCAAUAUAUUUGGAGAUUUGUCCAGCAUCAAAUCUUUUUACUAUGUGGUUUCCCAUAUUGUGUUACUAGCUAAUAUAAAUGUCCUUUUGGGUUUGCCUUGAAGAUCUUCAAAAUCUUCAAAGGGUUUGCAUUUUUCCCUGGCUUAUUUUAGCUUCUCUCUGUCUCCCAAAGUUUGUUUCUAAGAUCCGAAUUUAAUACUUCAACGUAAGUGGCA